AUGAUUCUUGAGCGAAGCUUUGUGCCGACCAAAUUAGCCAUCGAAGCAGAGAUUCAACGCUGUGUCGCAAAGUACCAUGAUGCAAUGCUAGGAGAAAUGGACGGCUCAGUCCGAGAGACAUUGGUGCAAAUGUGCGACCGAGAAAUGGAUAAUAUUCCACUGCGGUUGUCUUGCUCUCUUGACACCCAUCUCACCUUCUCCUUCGUUGUUGGUAAGUUACAUGUCUAUACUCUGGCACUGGUAAAGGAAGGGGCGUCAUCGACCAACAAACGGCGCUUCGAUCCUCAUAGUCGUGGCGCAACCUUUCAAACUCUGGGAAUGACGGCUGCAAACCGCAUCAUUGAGUUGUAUUGCAAUACCUUGGACGUGCCUAUUGGACAUAACGAUGAAGCCUUGAUCAAUCGCUAUCUGGCUCUCCCAAAGAUGUUCUUUCGUGGAGUCCUCUUCGCGACUUUUUUUCUUCUCAAAUACUUCGCUCUCAACAACAGUUGUCCUAAUGAAGACAAGCUGAGUGCCCGAAAUAAGGUCUUAAUGGUCCAUGCAAAGCUUCGGGCCACUGCACCGCACCAAUUUUCCGAGUCUGGUCGAGCUGCCGCUGUCAUAGAAGUACUCUGUCGCCAUGCCGAUAGCGGCAAUUCGGAUCUUGGGAUCGAAGUCGAUGAUCGGGCGAGCGCAUCCGUUGCCUGGGGCGCUCUGAUCCUAGCCUCUAAGAUUAGAGGCAAGACGGCAUGGACAGCAAACAUCCGCCAACACAUUGAUCCUACAUCUCCGCCACAGCUCGAUGCUUCUCAAGCACCUUACACUGACUCGACUCCGAACUCGGACCUCCCAGAACCUGGGCCCCAUGACGAAACCAUGUCAUUGCCAGAGGAUAUAUGGGAUCAGUCAUUCUUAGACCUGCUCGACUUCAGAGCAUACGAGUUUAAUGAGGGAAUAGAACAACUUCUUGACUGGCCAGAGGCUGGACAGCAAAACAAACCCUCCAAGCCCCCAACAAUGCCUUCCUAG